CCCUGUGUAAUAACUAAUAAGCAGCAAAAUUACAAAAUUCCCCUAAAUCAAAAUGAUAGCACACCAUUAAACCACAAACUUUCUCUCACUAAUCUUCUGACCUAGAAAACUCCCCCAUUUUCUCUCUCCUCUUUCUCCCACCAUUUUCGAAGUUUCAAUUCACUCAAAAUUCCAGCACCAAAACCCCCCAACUUUCACUCGUCGUUUCUCUCUCUUCUUCUUCCAGGUUCUUCAGAUUGUUUCCUCCAUUUCUCUCUCUCUUUCUCGCAUUUUCUCGUUACUUGUUGAUAUGACAUUGAUUGAGGUUUGUUUUGCAAUUUCUGUAUCUAUAUAUGUAUUUUACUGUUGAUUUUUGUUUAAAUUGGAAUUUGUAAUCAGUAUAGUAUGGUAUCAGUGAUGAACAAUGAUUUCGAUUUGGAAAGGGGGAAAACAGCUUCUGCUUCUGAAGCGGAAGAGUUUAGGGUUUCGAAUGAUGGGGAUGUUGUCGAUAAUAGUAGAGAUGAAGAGGUUAGUGAUUUGCAUUUGAAUGAUGAGAUUAGGGUUUCGAAUGGCCGAGAUUUAGGUGCCUGGAAAAAUGAAGUUGAUGAAGUUAGGGUUUUGGAGGGGCAUGAGCGGGAGAAAGCUAGGGUUUUGCGUGGGGACAUUGAUUGUCAUACGAAUGGCGAUUCUGGGAAUUCGGGCGAGGUUGAGGGAGUUAGGGUUGCAUUGGGGAAUGAUGGCGUAGAUAGUGGUGGAGAAAUUGAGGUUAGGGUUAAAAAAAUGGAGUCUGGAGAUGAAGAAGAUGAGGUUGUGAGUCCUGAAGGAGGGUUUAUUAGUACUUCUAAUGGCGUAAGACCUGCGGAUGAUGAUGGAAUGAGGGAGAAGGUUGUAAAAGAAGAGGCCUCAAAGAUUGAUAGUAGACAUGGUGAUUUUAAGUCGGAGACACGCGGUUAUAUGCAGGCUUCAGUUAGUAAAGAUGCUAGUGCUAGUGAUGUGGAUGAUGAAAUGAGUGCUGGGUCGUUGAAGGUUAUGGGGUCUAAGUUUGAAAUGGGCGAUAUGGUUUGGGGUAAGGUGAAGUCUCAUCCAUGGUGGCCAGGUCAUCUGUUUAAUGAAGCUUUUGCUACUACUUCAGUUCGACGGACAAGGAGGCAUGGGCAUAUAUUGGUUGCAUUCUUUGGUGACAGUAGUUAUGGUUGGUUUGACCUCACAGAACUUGUCCCAUAUGACCCCCAUUAUGCUGAGAAAUCGCAGCAGACAACUUCAAGGACUUUCACAAGGGCCGUUGAAGAAUCUAUUGAUGAGGCAAGUCGAAGGAGUGCUCUUGGUGUAACCUGUUGCUGUCGCAAUCCAAACAAUUUCCGUCCAGCAAAUGUGCCUGGUUAUGUGGCUGUUGAUGUUGUAGAUUAUGAACCUGGUGCCAUUUAUUCACUGGCUCAAAUUCGGAAGGCAAGGGACAGUUUCCACCCUGUUGAUACUCUUUCGUUUAUAAAACAGAUGGCUGUGACACCAAUGAACGGUGAAAGUAAGAAUCUUGAUAUUAUAAAAAACAAGGCUACCACCCUUGCUUACCGCAGAUCAGUAUUUGAAGAGUUCGAUGAGACUUAUGCCCAGGCUUUUAGUCAGCAACCAGUACGGCCCUCCGAACCGCCAGCAUUUUCCGGUAAACAACCAUCACGAGCUCCUUUAAGUGGCCCUUUAGUCAUGGCGGAUACUCUCGGUGGUCGAAAGAGCUCCACUAAAGCUACCAAAACCAAGGAGCAGUCUAAAAAGGACAGAUACCUUUUUAAGCGCAGAGACGAAGCUGUUGAGUUAAAGGCAAAACGGAGCAUUCAAGGUGAUGCAAGCUCCUCUUUGUCUUCUACAUUCGAGGAUGGAGCAUCCAAUACAGCUGCAGCUGCUUAUGUUCUCCAGAAAAGGGAUUUAGCUGAUUCCAAUAAUGAACUGAGUGGAAGUCCUACAAGGGAUCAGGUGGCAACUUCUGCUCAUGCUGGAAGCGCAAAAGAGGCUCCCACUGCAGGUCUUGGAGUUAUGUCACCUUCUGGAUUACAAGCAUUGGAUUCUAAUGAUGCUGUGAUGGCUAGUUCAGGCAAUGUGCAUGAUAAGGUUCAGGACAGGCACAUCAGCGUCAUUACUUCUAGUAAUGCAGGACAGGCACACCAAGAUGGCACAAUUAAGAAGAAGAAAAAAGCUAAUAAACGCUCUGCAGGGGAACAGAGCUCUGAAAGAUCUGACCGACCAGAGAAGAAGUUGAAACGGAAGAAAAUAGAUGCUCGAAAAAGCAUAGAGCAUGUGGAUAGAGAUUCAGUUGCAUCUCGAGGAGCAGUUAAAUCUGCAGGGAUAUCUACUGAGAUUGUUGCCUCAUCCAUAGAGGACUUUCAAGUAAAGCAGUCGAGGAAGGACGACGAAGCAACCAAUUCUGAUCCUCUGGAAGUGGGGCUGGUGUCGCCGGGAGUAGGAAGCAAGGAUGCUGAGCUCUCACAGAUGUUGGCUGAUCUACGAGGUCUUGCCCUAAACCCUGUCCAUGGUAUUGAAAGGAAUGUACCUGCAAUUACGCGGCAGUUUUUCCUGAAAUUUCGGUCCUCUGUUUUUGUGAAGAGCUCCAGUGCUUUAAUUCCUGCUGAAUCUGAACCCAAUGAGGCUCGAGCCAGCAAAUACACCUCUGCUUCUGAAUCUGCUGAUAUAGCUUCAAGUGAGAGCACUAAAGCUGUGAAAAUGCAGAAGGUAUCAGCCAGAAAUGAAGAUCCUGUAAAAGGGAGAAAACGCAUCCCAUCUGAACGUCAGGAGGAAAAUGCUGUUAAGAGGGCUAAGAAAAUUACCGAAGUAAAAUCCUUGAGUGCUGAGAAGCGGGCCCUACUAAAGAAUCCUGAAAUACAGCAGCGGCCUGAGGGAAAAUCCAAGGUAGCUGCUGCACAAAUCCCACAAUCAAAACCCAUGAAGUCAGAGAAGCAUGAGAAGAAAGUGGACCGUCCACCUAAAGUUGAGGAACCAACAUAUCUUAUUAUGAAGUUUCCAUCUGGAUCCUCGCUACCUUCCCUUGUAGAGCUGAAGGCAAGAUUUGCUCGAUUUGGCCCGCUGGACACAACGCUCAGUCGGGUCUUCUACACAACAAACACCUGCAGGGUUGCUUUCCUCUAUAAACAAGAUGCAAAUGUCGCUCAUCGCUAUGCCAUGGGAAGUAAAUCUGUCUUUUCAAAUGUGAGGUUCUUGUUGAAGCCGGUGUCAGCACCUGAACCUCAGCAGCCAAGCAGUGGCAGGGUAGAAGAUGUGCAGAGUGAGUCUACAGCAAACAAGGAUUCAGCGGCAGCAGAGUCAAGACCUGUGGUCCCCAUCACAACACCGCAGCAUCCUGCACAACAGCUGAAGUCUUGUUUGAAGAAGCCUUCUGGAGGCGAUGAGACUGGUGGGCCCAACAACGGUGGAGGCAACUCGAGAACACCUAGAGUGAGGUUCAAUAUGGGUGAGGUCAAAAGUAGUACUGAUGAUAAUAGGGGAGGUCUUGAAGGCCAAAAGAUGGAGUCUAGGAAUUCAAUGUUGUCCUCUUAUGAAGGUUCUUCAUCAUCUUCAUCAUCGUCUGUUGCUAUGGAUGUUAGUAACAAUCAAAGGUUCAACAUUUCUUCACAUCAGUUGCAACCCCCUCUCCUUCCCCACCCUCCCCAGAUUAUUAGGCCUCCAAUGAAUCACCAAUAUCAUAUGGUUGAAUUAUCUCCAAGAAAUAAUUUGCAUGAUAAUCCCAGAGUAAUUCCACCACCACCUUUGCCGGAAAAUCAAGCCCCACCACAGCCCACCAGAGACAUCUCGCAGCAGAUGAUGAAUCUCUUGACAAGGUGCCACGACGUGGUGACCAACGUUAAGAGUAUGUUAGGGUAUGUGCCCUACCAUCCUCUAUGAGGGAAUGAUGGCGGUGCACAUAUCAUAUGUUGAGAAAUGUGCUGAACCAUCCAAUCAUCAAGGGCCUGCCUUUCGAACCGGAGGACUGAUAGGAGCCAGGAACCUGUUGCGUUGUAAAGAACAAAGAAGUUUCAGCUUGGGUUAAAGGCCCAAGUAGGUGCAAAAUUGCUACGUAAAAAACCUAUCACAGAGAGAAUGGGCUGAAAAAUGGUACAAAAUUUAUUGUACAAAAAAUGUUGCUUGGGUUGUUUUCGGGGAAGGGGAUUAGAGGUGUGACUUGACAUCAGCUGAAUUGUACUUGAAGAGGUCGAAUAUUUUGUGUAGCUCGUGGUGCAACGGGAACAUAAAAUGUGUAUCUGAUUUGAGGCUGUGGAUUGCUUUACCCCCCUCUCCCUUUCUCUUUCA